CAGUCGCGUGUUUUUGGUGGUCGGCGAAAGACGGAAUUGCCAAAAAUUGUGGAAAUACGUGGAAAAAGUGCAUUUUCACCUACAGUUUUAGUGUCUAUCGAUCACUUGUAUUGCCUGCAAAGGAAAUAAAGUGAAAUGUUUGAGAACGAGGACGAGCAAUACGAGGAGGAAGAUGCGGAGGAAAUUUCUCAUGAGUUGUGGCAGGAAGCUUGUUGGAUUGUGAUCAACGCAUAUUUCGAUGAGAAAGGUCUCGUUCGUCAGCAACUCGACAGCUUCGAUGAAUUCAUUCAGAUGUCUGUCCAGAGGAUCGUUGGAGAUUCCCCAGCGAUUGAUCUUCAGGCUGAGGCUCAGCAUACGUCCGGAGAAAUUGAAACUCCGCCUCGCUUCCUUCUCAAAUUUGACCAGAUUUAUCUGUCGAAACCAACUCACUGGGAGAAGGACGGCUCUCCUAGUCCCAUGAUGCCCAAUGAGGCGCGUCUCCGGAAUCUGACAUACUCUGCUCCACUUUAUGUCGACAUCACGAAGACGAAGAUCGUCGAGGGCCAAGAUCCCAUCGAGACGCAACACCAAAAGACAUUCAUUGGAAAGAUUCCCAUUAUGUUGCGAUCGACUUAUUGUCUCCUCAGUCAGCUGACUGAUCGUGACUUGACAGAGUUGAAUGAAUGUCCUCUGGAUCCUGGCGGAUAUUUCAUCAUCAACGGCUCGGAGAAGGUGUUGAUAGCCCAGGAGAAGAUGGCCACAAACACUGUGUACGUGUUCAGUUUGAAAGAUGGCAAGUACGCGUACAAGGCUGAGAUUCGAUCGUGUCUGGAGCACAGUUCUCGGCCCACUUCCACGCUCUGGGUGAACAUGAUGGCUCGCGGUGGACAGAGUAUUAAGAAGUCGGCGAUUGGACAGCGAAUCAUUGCCAUUCUGCCGUACAUUAAGCAGGAAAUUCCGAUCAUGAUAGUCUUCAGAGCGCUGGGAUUCGUGGCAGAUCGUGACAUCUUGGAACACAUCAUCUACGACUUUGACGAUCCGGAGAUGAUGGAGAUGGUGAAGCCCUCGCUGGAUGAGGCUUUCGUGGUUCAGGAGCAAAAUGUGGCACUGAAUUUCAUUGGAGCCCGCGGUGCCAGACCGGGUGUGACGAAGGAGAAGCGUAUAAAGUACGCCAAGGAGAUUCUGCAGAAGGAAAUGCUGCCACACGUUGGCGUCUCGGAUUUCUGUGAGACGAAGAAGGCCUACUUCCUCGGCUACAUGGUGCACCGACUGCUUCUCGCCGCACUGGGACGUCGUGAGCUCGAUGAUCGUGAUCACUAUGGGAACAAGCGCCUGGAUUUGGCUGGUCCUCUGCUGGCGUUCCUCUUCAGGGGAUUGUUUAAGAAUCUCAUGAAGGAGGUGAGAAUGUAUGCUCAGAAGUUCAUCGAUCGCGGGAAGGAUUUCAAUCUGGAGUUGGCUAUCAAGACAAAGAUCAUCACUGAUGGUCUGCGAUAUUCUCUGGCCACGGGCAAUUGGGGUGAUCAGAAGAAGGCACAUCAGGCGCGUGCUGGAGUGUCUCAAGUGCUCAACAGACUCACUUUUGCCUCAACUUUGUCUCAUUUGCGUCGUGUCAAUUCUCCCAUUGGACGCGAUGGCAAAUUGGCGAAGCCGCGUCAGCUGCACAACACUCUCUGGGGCAUGAUUUGUCCGGCAGAGACGCCCGAGGGGGCGGCUGUGGGUUUGGUGAAGAAUCUCGCCCUCAUGGCGUACAUUUCCGUGGGAUCACAGCCAUCGCCGAUCCUUGAGUUCUUGGAGGAGUGGUCAAUGGAGAAUCUUGAGGAGAUCGCCCCGUCUGCCAUUGCGGACGCCACGAAGAUCUUCGUCAAUGGUUGCUGGGUGGGAAUCCAUCGUGAUCCUGAGCAACUGAUGGCCACUCUGAGAAAACUCCGACGUCAGAUGGACAUUAUCGUGUCCGAGGUGUCCAUGAUUCGGGACAUUCGUGACAGAGAGAUUCGAAUCUACACAGAUGCCGGACGCAUCUGUCGGCCACUGCUGAUUGUGGAGAAUGGAAACCUGCUGCUGAAGAAGACACACACGGACAUGCUGAAGGAGCGGGAGUACAACAACUAUGGCUGGCAAGUGUUGGUGGCCAGCGGAGUGGUGGAGUAUAUUGACACAUUGGAAGAGGAGACAGUUAUGAUCGCCAUGUCUCCGUAUGAUCUCAAGCAGGACAAGGAGAAUGCUUACUGCACGACCUAUACACACUGUGAAAUCCAUCCGGCAAUGAUUCUGGGUGUUUGCGCCUCAAUUAUCCCUUUUCCGGAUCACAAUCAGAGUCCCAGGAACACCUAUCAGAGCGCUAUGGGGAAGCAAGCUAUGGGUGUUUACAUUACAAACUUCCACGUGAGAAUGGACACUCUGGCGCACGUGCUGUACUACCCAAUGAAACCGCUCGUGACAACGAGAUCCAUGGAGUAUUUGCGCUUCAGAGAGUUACCAGCUGGUAUCAACUCAAUCGUGGCCAUUCUCUGCUACACUGGCUACAAUCAGGAGGACAGUGUCAUCCUCAAUGCGUCCGCUGUGGAGAGAGGCUUCUUCAGGUCUGUCUUCUAUCGCUCUUACAAGGAUUCGGAGAACAAACGCAUCGGCGAUCAGGAGGAGCAGUUUGAGAAGCCGAAUCGUCAGACGUGUCAGGGCAUGAGGAAUGCUCUGUAUGACAAAUUGGAUGAUGAUGGCAUUAUUGCGCCAGGAAUUCGUGUGUCUGGCGACGAUGUGGUGAUUGGGAAGACAAUAACGCUGCCAGAGAAUGACGAUGAGUUGGAUGGGACGACAAAGAGGUUCAGAAAGAGGGACGCCUCGACAUUCUUGAGGAACUCUGAAACGGGAAUUGUGGAUCAGGUGAUGCUGACGCUCAACAGUGAAGGCUACAAGUUCUGCAAGAUCCGCGUGAGAUCGGUGAGAAUCCCACAGAUUGGGGACAAAUUCGCCUCCAGGCAUGGACAGAAGGGAACGUGUGGUAUUCAGUAUCGACAGGAGGAUAUGCCGUUCACGUGUGAGGGAAUUACGCCUGAUAUCAUCAUCAAUCCUCACGCCAUUCCAUCCCGUAUGACAAUUGGGCACUUGAUUGAGUGUCUGCAGGGGAAGUUGGGCUCCAACAAGGGUGAAAUUGGCGAUGCCACACCCUUCAACGAUGCCGUGAACGUGCAGAAGAUCUCCACGUUCCUCCAGGAGUACGGAUACCACUUGCGUGGCAACGAGGUGAUGUACAAUGGGCACACCGGCAGGAAGAUCAACGCCCAGGUGUUCCUGGGACCGACUUACUAUCAGCGUCUGAAGCACAUGGUGGACGACAAGAUUCACUCACGUGCCCGUGGACCCGUGCAGAUCCUCGUGCGACAGCCCAUGGAGGGCAGAGCUCGUGACGGAGGUCUUCGUUUCGGAGAGAUGGAGCGUGACUGUCAGAUUGCUCACGGGGCGGCACAGUUCCUCCGCGAGAGGCUGUUCGAGGUGUCAGAUCCCUACAGGAUUCACGUGUGCAACUUCUGUGGCUUGAUUGCCAUUGCUAAUCUGCGGAACAACACGUUCGAGUGCAAAGGAUGCAAGAACAAGACACAGAUCUCCCAAGUGAGACUUCCGUAUGCCGCAAAACUGCUGUUUCAGGAGCUCAUGGCGAUGAAUAUCGCUCCACGACUGAUGGUCGUUUAACUUCCUUCAAUCUUCUUUUUUUCUUGGCAGAAUACUAGAUUUUCAAAUACACAAAUGA